AUUCCAGGAAAACCUUCCAACUUCCAGACACGUCUCUCUCUUCUCAACAAAAACCCCCCACCUCUCCACUCUGUCUCACACAAACUUUCUCAAACAUUUCAAAAUCUUCACAAACAAUUUUCUAUCUCAUACUACGCUCUUCAAUUUCGAUCGUUUUCUUCUUCAAUUGCAGUUACAUUUUCUCAGAAUUCGAAAUUGUUUCUCUAAGGACAAGUGAUCGAGUAUGAAUCCCGAAAAGUUUACCCACAUGACAAAUGAGGCACUUGUCUCUGCUCAUGAAUUGGCAUUGAGCAAUGGACAUGUGCAGAUAACUCCACUCCAUAUAGCCGCCACUUUGGUUGGUGAACCUGGUGGUAUUUUCCGGCAAGCAGUGUCACAUGCUGGUGGAAGUGAAGAGACUGCCAACUCGGUGGACAGAGUGUUCAAGAGGGCUAUUAAGAAUCUUCCUUCUCAAAGCCCUCCACCUGAUGAGGUCCCAGCAAGUACGACUCUUAUCAAAGCUAUUCGGCGUGCUCAGUCUCUCCAGAAAUCUCGUGGGGAUUCCCAUUUGGCUGUUGAUCACUUGAUCUUGGGGAUUAUUGAGGAUUCUCAGAUCAGUGAUUUGCUCAAGGAAGCUGGGGUUGCAAUGGCCAGAGUGAAGAAUGAGGUUGAGAAGCUUCGCGGAAAAGACGGGAAGAAAGUGGAAAGUGCUACUGGAGACACUACUUUCCAAGCCCUUAAAACUUAUGGUCGUGAUUUGGUUGAGCAGGCUGGGAAACUAGAUCCUGUAAUUGGUCGUGAUGAGGAGAUCAGGAGGGUUGUCAGAAUUCUUUCGAGGAGAACAAAGAACAACCCUGUGUUGAUUGGUGAGCCUGGUGUGGGUAAAACUGCUGUUGUUGAAGGUCUGGCUCAAAGGAUUGUGAGUGGUGAUGUUCCAAGUAAUCUUUCUGAUGUCAGGCUUAUUGCAUUGGAUAUGGGAGCUCUAGUUGCUGGAGCUAAGUACAGGGGUGAAUUUGAGGAAAGGCUGAAAUCCGUGCUGAAGGAGGUGGAAGAAGCCGAAGGGAAAGUCAUUCUGUUCAUUGAUGAAAUCCAUCUGGUGUUAGGUGCAGGAAGAACUGAAGGUUCCAUGGAUGCAGCAAACUUGUUUAAACCUAUGCUUGCCAGGGGUCAACUUCGUUGCAUUGGUGCGACAACCCUUGAAGAGUAUAGGAAGUAUGUGGAGAAGGAUGCUGCAUUUGAGCGUCGUUUCCAGCAAGUGUAUGUCGCUGAACCAAGUGUUCCUGAUACGAUCAGUAUCCUUCGAGGGUUGAAGGAGAAGUAUGAAGGACACCAUGGUGUUCGAAUCCAAGAUCGAGCCUUGGUGAUUGCUGCACAGCUGUCUGCCAGGUAUAUAACAGGUCGCCAUUUGCCUGAUAAAGCUAUUGAUUUGGUUGAUGAGGCAUGUGCGAAUGUUAGAGUUCAACUUGACAGCCAACCAGAGGAGAUAGAUAAUUUGGAGAGGAAGAGAAUGCAGCUAGAGAUUGAGCUCCAUGCUCUUGAGAAGGAAAAAGAUAAGGCUAGCAAGGCUCGGUUUAUGGAGGUUACUAGGGAGCUUGAUGACUUGAGGGAUAAACUUCAGCCUUUAAAGAUGAAGUAUCAGAAGGAGAAGGAGAGGAUUGAUGAGAUCCGCCGUCUCAAGCAGAAAAGGGAAGAGCUCCUCAUUUCUGCACAAGAGGCUGAAAGAAGAUAUGAUCUGGCAAGGGCUGCUGAUUUGAGGUAUGGAGCAAUCCAGGAAAUUGAGGGAGCUAUUGCUAAGCACGAAUCUAAUGCCACCGAUGUGGAAAUGUUGACGGAAACUGUUGGGCCAGAACAGAUUGCAGAGGUGGUGAGCCGAUGGACUGGUAUACCUGUCACAAGAUUGGGGGAGAAUGAGAAGGAAAAGCUAAUAGGGCUGGGUGAUAAAUUGCAUCAAAGAGUGGUGGGUCAGAACAAUGCCGUUGCAUCUGUUGCAGAAGCUGUACUGAGAUCAAGAGCUGGACUGGGGAGACCCCAGCAGCCAACUGGUUCUUUCUUGUUCUUGGGUCCAACAGGUGUUGGGAAAACUGAACUUGCCAAGGCUCUUGCUGAACAGCUUUUCGAUGAUGAGAAUUUGUUGGUAAGAAUUGAUAUGUCGGAGUAUAUGGAGCAACACUCUGUUUCGCGUUUGAUUGGUGCUCCACCUGGGUAUGUUGGCCAUGAAGAAGGUGGGCAAUUGACAGAGGCUGUCAGAAGGCGGCCUUACAGUGUUGUGUUGUUCGAUGAGGUUGAAAAAGCCCACACAUCUGUCUUUAAUACUCUCUUGCAAGUUCUUGAUGAUGGAAGGCUGACAGAUGGGCAAGGCCGGACUGUUGACUUCAGGAACACAGUGAUUAUCAUGACAUCUAAUCUUGGGGCGGAGUAUCUCCUCUCUGGACUCAUGGGCAAGAGCACAAUGGAGACAGCUCGAGAUAAAGUUAUGGCAGAGGUGAGAAGACAUUUCAAGCCUGAGCUGCUAAAUCGUUUAGAUGAAGUUGUAAUCUUUGAUCCUCUAUCACAUGAGCAACUAAGGCUGGUUGCUAGGCUGCAAAUGAAGGAUGUGGCUAAACGUCUUGCUGAGAGGGGUAUUGCCUUGGCAGUCACAGAUGCUGCUCUAGAUUAUGUCUUAGCGGAGAGCUAUGAUCCAGUUUAUGGUGCAAGGCCUAUCAGGAGGUGGUUAGAAAAGAAAGUGGUUACAGAAUUGUCAAAAAUGCUCAUUAAGGAGGAGAUUGACGAGAACUCCACCGUCUUCAUUGAUGCUGGGAUGGAUGGCCUUUCGUAUCGCGUAGAGCAAACUGGGGGAAUGGUGGAUGCUGCAACUGGACAGAGGGCAGAGGUCCUGAUUCAAGUCCCCAACGGACCAAAGAGCAAUGCUACUACUCAAGCUGCAAAGAAAUUAAAAAUUGAGGAACUAGAUGAUGAUGACGAUGAGAUGAUGGACUGAAGAUCUUAAGUGUGAUAAUGAAAGCUUUUUUUCCCUUUUUCAAAAGAAGGUUUUCCCCCCUUUAACAGAUUAACAGAUGUUUUUUUAAUAGGUUUAUGUACCUGAGUGGUUUUAUCUUUUGGGUGUUCAGUUGUUGACAUGAAGUUGUAUAUAGGAUUAGGCACAUGAAAGGGGGUUUCCUCAGUCUUGUGAGUUAUGAAUUUGUAAUGUCUUUUGUCAAUUUUCUUGCAAUACAAAUCUCCUUUCCAUGAA